UUGUCAUCAUCAACAAUAUAAUAUACAAUGUUUAAUUGCGUUUGUUUUAGGUUCGAUUUGUUUGUUUUUUUUUUGGAUUCUAUUUUAUCUUCGAUACAAAAUAUCCAUUUGAUUUGGUUACAAAAAAAAAGUUAUGGUCAUAACUGAUUUCAGUAGCAAUAAUAACAACAACAACAACAACAGCUGAUCAUCGAUCCUGUUCACAAGUACAACUUUACCAUUCAAUUCCCAUUUGUAAUCAAAAAAAAAAAAUAAAAUACCAAGGACAUUGAUUUCAUCUUUAUUGCAAUCAGAUCAUCAUUGAUCAUUGAUUAAUCAUCGUAUAUUGUGUGUCUGUGUGUGUGUACGUUAUUCUUUAUAGUUUUAUAUAUAGAAAAUCAAUUUAAAUACCAAAAACGAAUGUAUCAAUAAAUCAAGAAUACAAAGAAUAAAAUUAACAAAAUGAAUCUGAAUUUUUGGUCGCUUUCAAGCGCCUUUUAUUUAUUCAUAAAAUUUACAGCAGCUCAUCUGGAUCAACAAUGCAAUUUUAGUAUGUGUUUGAAUUCUUUUAUGGUGCCCAUCCAACAUGCAUACUGUGAUAAUAAUAAUCGUUGCCGUUGUAAAGAUGGUUAUGUACCAGUUAGCCAUCAUCAAUGUGUUGAAACACAAUAUCCUGGUAAACCAUGUGAAAAUGAUAAUGUUUGUAGGUUUAAAGAUGAAAAUUCAUUUUGCGAUACAAAUCGAAGAAGUCCGAUUUGUGAAUGCAAAAAAAGUCAUAUCUACGAUAGUGAACAGAAAAAGUGCAUUCUUUAUGUGAAAAAACCAAAAAAGUCAACACCAUUGUUUCCGAUGACAGCAAUCAUACUCAUUGCCUGUAUAGGUAUAUUCUGUGGCUGUGGAAUUAUUUGUCACAAUUUUCGACGUCAACCAGAAUUAUCAGUCAGUGUUGAUCAUAUUGAUCGAUAUGCAUCCGAAAGACGACAAACAUUAAAUCAUCAUCAUCAUCAUCUUCCUCAUCAUCAUCAUAAUCAUUAUGAUGAUCAUACGAAUUUAGCUGGCAGUUCAAGAAUGAAUAAUAAUUCACAUAAUGAUUUAUCCGAUUCUGAUCUGGCUAUAACAAAUCCACCAGCACCAUUAUUACGAUCGGAUAGUCAUUCAACAUCAUCUAAAUAUGAUUCAUUAAUGUAUGAUGAUCCACCACCAAGAUAUGAAGAUGCUAUCAAAGAAUAUCAUGAUUCAAUUGUUAAUGAAUCACCUACAAAUAAUAAUAAUAAUAACAACAACAACAAUACUUUUAUGGACCAACAACAGCAGCAGCAGCAGCAACAACAACAACAACAAGUGCAACAAACAACGAUAGGAUUCUGUACGGUGAUGGCUGCCACCAAGUCGUGAUCAUCAUCGGAAUUUGAAAAGCACUCUAAAAACAAAACAAAAAAUCUAAUUUAUUUACAUAUGAAUAUUUUGAAAAAACAUUUUUUAGUCAAAAAAAACUGCGACAUUCAGACAAAUCAACUUUCCACAAAAAAAAAUCCGGCAACAUAUCUUUACUCUCUGAGGAGAUAAGUAUGUAUGUGUUUGAGAGAGAAAGAGAGAGAAAAACCCUUAUUACUCAUUAUUCACUUUGGCAAUUUUUUUCCUUUUUUAACUAAUCAUUCCAUCUUCAUCCACCUGUUAAAUUCUUUAUCUCUCUUUCUCUUUUUUUUUCUCUCUGUAUAAUAUCUGUGUUUUAUUUUUAUUUUUGCUUGGAUGGCUAGUUACAAAAACACCCCUUUUACUCAUUCUAUAUAUUCAUUUAUUCAUUGUCUUUCGUUUUUUUUUAAACAAAAAAAAAAUAUUUUAAACACACACAAACACAUACACAUCCACACAUAUACUAUACUAUAUUGUCACAUGAACAGGUAUUUGCAUUAUUAAUAUACGAUUGAUGCUCAAUUCAUA